UAAGCCCCGCCUCAUCCAAGCGCAAAUACAUCUUCAAAUAGACGCACGUGUUUUUCCACUGUAUUUCGAGUACUGAGCAGAACAGAGACACAGGCGGAUAACGCGAAUAUACCGGAUAAAAUUGCAUGGUUUUGCAAUUUCUUUAUGCACAUCCAAUCUUGAGUAACACUGGCUUCCUAAACUUCUGAACGACUGCCUCCACCAGUGAUAUGGCGAUGAAUUAUGAUACAGAGAUGCAGUUGAAAUUGGCUUGUCCAGAAUCAGAAAGAGUUCAUACAAAAGGCAAAACUCAAGAGAGAGGCCAAUGGUCAAAUAAAGUUGAAUUUAUCCUAGCUGUUGCUGGCCAAAUUAUCGGUCUAGGAAAUGUGUGGAGGUUCCCAUACCUGUGCUACAAGAAUGGAGGAGGAGCGUUUUUAAUACCAUAUUUGGUCUUCCUGUUUGCCUGUGGCAUUCCACUGUUCCUCAUGGAGAUAUCAUUGGGUCAAUACACUAGUCAAGGAUGCAUCACCUGCUGGAGAAAAAUCUGCCCCCUGUUUGAAGGAUUGGGCUAUGGAUCUCAGGUGAUCGUGUUGUACUCCAGCAUCUACUACAUCAUCAUUUUGGCCUGGGCAUUCUUCUAUCUUUUUUCUUCCUUUAGUGCAGAGUUACCAUGGGCUAGCUGCAGCAAUACCUGGAAUACUGAAACGUGCAUUGAAUUUGAAAAAAUGGAGUAUGUAAACUUGAGUAUCCCAGAGAAUGCAACUUCACCUGUUAAAGAGUUCUGGGAGAGGAGAGUGCUAAAUCUCACAAGCAGUGUGUAUGAGCUGGGCAGUGUUAGGUGGGAGCUGGCACUGUAUCUCCUCUUGGCUUGGAUCAUCUGCUACUUCUGUGUCUGGAAGGGAGUGAAGUCUACAGGGAAGGUGGUCUAUUUCACUGCUACCUUUCCUUAUGUAAUAUUGGCAGUGCUGUUGGUGCGUGGAGUCACGUUGCCUGGGGCUGUUAAUGGAAUUAUUUUUUACCUCAAACCAGAUCCUACACGCCUCACAGACCCACAGGUGUGGAUGGAUGCCGGAACACAGAUAUUUUACUCCUACGCACUCUGCUUUGGGUGCCUCACUGCACUGGGCAGCUACAACAAGUACAAUAAUAACUGCUACAAGGACUGUAUUUAUCUGUGCCUGUUGAACAGUGGGACCAGUUUUGUGUCUGGCUUUGCCAUAUUCUCUGUGCUGGGCUUCAUGGCUUAUGAGCAGCAGACAGACAUCUCAACAGUGGCAGAGUCAGGUCCAGGGUUGGCCUUCAUUGCUUACCCCAGGGCUGUGGCGAUGAUGCCUGUUCCACAACUAUGGGCCAUUUGUUUCUUUCUUAUGAUUAUUCUGCUAGGUCUGGACAGUGAAUUUGUGUGUUUGGAGGCACUGGUGACUGCUGUAACUGACAUGUACCCCUCAUUCUUCCUCUUUGGUCAUCGCCGCAAAGGAUUCUUGCUCAUAAUUUGUUUGGGGUGUUUCCUGUGUGGCCUUGUUAUGGUAACAGAGGGUGGCUUGUAUAUUUUCCAGCUGUUUGAUUACUAUUGCUGCAGUGGGAUGACACUUCUGUUAUUUGCCAUUCUGCAGUCGGUGUGUAUAGGGUGGGUGUAUGGUGCUGAUCGUCUUUAUGAUAAUAUUGAGGACAUGAUUGGCUAUAGGCCACUGGUCUUAAUAAAGUAUUGUUGGAGGUACAUCACCCCUCUGUUCUGUGCUGCUACAUUUGUCUUCUCUCUGAUCAAAUUCACUCCUCUGAAGUUUAACAAUGUUAUUGAGUACCCCUGGUGGGGCUAUGCUAUUGGUUGGUGGUUCACACUCUCUUCAACUCUACUGGUUCCUCUUUGGAUGAUCUAUGUGCUGCUCACGUCCAGUGGCACACUCAGACAGAGACUACGUGCUCUCUGUACCCCAGCAAGUGACCUUAGGUAAACUCUGCAAAACUGAAAGCUAUGGAGAACUUCUUGCACUAUGGUAAAGGCAAGGGCCUCCGUGGAGCACAAAAGGCAAUAGUUACGUCAUUCAUAUAUAUUUAAAAAAUGCACUUUUAUAUUGGCCUUUGGCCUCUCCUCAACUGGAAAUGCUGUGUAGUUGGUGUAUAUGCACACACUUGGAAAGUAACUUGUAGACCAAUCACUAUUUGUAAGUGGGUGGGUAGACAUGCAUGUGCAUGUCGUAAGAAGAACGUAUCAGAACACCAUUGUAUACACACAAGUGGUUUACAUUCUCAACUAAUCGUAUUGGAAAAGUGCCUAAAAAUGUUUUGACGUUUUUAUUUGUUUUAGUUUUGUUGUUUUUUUUUGCUUUGGUCAUUAUAAAAUUAUUACUUUAGUCAUUCCUUUGGCAAAAAUUCAAAGCCAUUUUAUUCAUUAAUUAAUUGUUCAAGUUCAAAAGUGUCAUGCAGUACAUAAAAAGAGUGAAAAGGUUGUACAUGUUAAACUGCAAUUUUUAUAUGCAUAUAUAUAUAUAUAUAAUCACACACACUGUAUGUAUGCACAUAAAAAUGCAGUUGCACAGUGUAUAUCUACAGUACUGUGCAAAAGUUUCAGGCAGGUGUGAAAAAAUGCUGUAGACAAAGAAUGCUUUCAAAAAUGUAAGUGUUAAACAUUAAUUUAUUUUCAUAAAUGAAAAAAUUGCAGUGAAUGAACAAUAGAUAAAUCAAAUCAAUAUUUGUUGUGACCACCCUUUGCCUUCAAAACAGCAGCAAUUCUUCUAGGUACACUUGCACACAGUUUUUGAAGGAACUCGGCUGGUAGGUUGUUCCAAACAUCUUGGAGAACUAACCACAGAUCUUCUGUGGCUGUAGGAUUUCUCACAUCCUUCUGUCUCUUCAUAAUCCCAGACACACUCAAUGAUGUUGAGAUCAGGGCCCUGUGGGGGCCAUGCCAUCACUUCCAGUACUUCCUGUUCUUCUUUACGCUGAAGAUAGUUCUUAAUGACUUUGGCUGUGUGUUUGGGGUUGCUGUCCUGCUGCAGAAUAAAUUUGGGGCCCAUCAUACACCUCCCUGAUGGUAUUGCUUGAUGGAUAAGUAUCUGCCUGUAUUUCUCAGCAUUGAGAACAUCAUUAAUCCUGACCAAAUCUCUAACUCCAUUUGCAGAAAUGCAAUCCCAAAUGUUCAAGGAUCCUCCACCAUGCUUCACUGUUGCCUGCAGAUACUCAUUAUUGUAUCGCUCUCCAGCCCUUCGACGAACAAACUGCCUUCUGUUACAGCCAAAUAUUUAAAACUUUGACUCAUCAGUCCAGAGCACCUGCUGCAAUUUUUCUGCACCCCAAUUCACUCCUGGGAACAAGUCAAGCGACUCAAGCACGCACAAAAAGUGCAUGCUUGAGUCGCUUGCCUUGUUCCCACGUUGGAGGUAUGAAUUUUUGGCUGCAACUCUUCCAUGAAGACCACUUCUGGCCAGACUUCUCCGGACAGUAGAUGGGUGUAUCUGGGUUGUCUUUCACAACCUCACCUUGGUAGCAGAGUUUGGCUGUUCCUCACCCAGUUUUAAGCCUCCAACACAGCUGUUUCUGUUUCAGUUCAUGACUGGGUUUCAACCUACGUGUGACUUUGAUGAUCAUUAGCACCUGUUUGGUAUAAUUGGUUGAUCAUAAACCUGAAUAUAAUCCUACAAAAUCCCUGACUUUGUACAAGUGUACCUAUAAGAAUUGAUGCUGGUUUGAAGGCAAAAGGUAGUAACACCAAAUAUUGAUUUGAUUUAGAUUUUUCUUUUCUUUGCUCACUUUGCAUUUUGUAAAUUGACAGAAAUAAACACUCAUUAUUUAUAUUUCUGAAAGCAUUCUUUGUUUGCAGCAUUUUUUCACACGUGCCUGAAACUUUUGCACAGUAAUUAUUAUUAUUUUUAUUUGCACAAAUAAUCAUAGUUAUUUGUUUUUAAUCUUUGAAGCCAAAUGACCAGGUUAAAGAACAUCCAACAAUUGAUGAAAGGGUGCGUGUGAUUGAGUAUAUGAACAUGUGUAUGCAGAGUGCCUUUCAAUGGACUGGCAGUCUUGUUGAAUGAGUAGAACUGCAGUCAAAGUCUAAAUAAUAAGUACCAUGUGAAAUACAUAGUAAGACAACUUGUUAAUAUAUAAUUACAUUAGAUGUUACUUUAGGUAAGAGGUUUUGCUAAAUGCUCAUUAAUUUAAGAUUUUUUUUAAAUUUGGCCAUUUAGCAUAGUGAUGCUUUAGGAAAUAGUUGUUUUUUUUCUUUUCAAGAUGUAAUGCACAAAUAUAAAUAGUCUUUAUAUUUACAGAUUGUUAUAAUUACAAAAAGUUCUCUACAUAUUUACAAAUAGUUUUGCAAUUGCAAAUGUACUGUUCCUAUAAUAAAACCUGUGAGCUCUUUGUCAUCUACUCCUUGACAGAAAACCAUAUAGCAAUAUUUUUGAGAUUCAAAGUGCCUAUUCUAGUAUAUUUGAUUCUUGUUGAUUUUCCAAUCUGCUUUGUUUAGAGAAUCUGUAUAAGCAGAAUUCACAAAAGCAAAACAUCUACAGUAAAUCAACCAUUCCAGACAGAUUUUGCAGUGAUUUCACAAAAGAAUUCUAGCCAUAUUUGGCCUUUUUGGUGCUUGCUAAUCUUUUUGGAGAAUGUUUUCUCUUGCAUAAAGAUUUAAAUUCAACUUUGUUUUACCUCAUUAUUGUACCUCACUGGUUUUCUCUUCCUAUCUUUUGGGCCUUAUAUAAAAAACGUUGAUUGUCUACCUAAUAUUAUGUGAAUGCCCAUCAAUAACCUUUAUGAACUGAGAACUGAGUGUGACCAGUUUUAUCAAUUUUAUCUGAAUAGCAAUAUAAUAGAGUGUAUAACUUUCAAAUGUUGCUUAAUCAGAACUUGUAAAGCAUCGGUACAAUUUGUAAUUAUGUGAUGUAAACUUUAAGGUAUCUAUGCUGUGAAAGUCAGAUUAUCAGAUUAUUUUUGAACAUUCAGAGGCUGGAUAUGAUUUAGAAACACUGUGAAACUUGAAAAUGGCUCGCACUUUAAACAAUACAAUGUAGAUGAUAAAACCUCUGUACCUAGUUUUACACAGCAGUAUUGUUUGGUGUUGGGCAUCGACAAGUGAACUGAUUUUGUGUGUUGAUUUAAUUAUAACACUAUAAGCACUGUUUUUUUUUGUUUUUUAUAUAUAUAUAUAUAUAUAUAUAUAUAUAUAUAUAUAUAUAUAUAUAUAUAUAUAUAUAUAUAUAUUAAUGAGGAAAAUCUAUCAAUCAUUCUUUGUAGUUGAGUGGGGCUAAAAACUGGAUAUAUAUAAACUCCUCAAAAAGUUAAAAAAAACUUGCUUUUGUCAUUAGUUUUCCUUCAAACUUUUUCUCACUUCUCUAGCAGACUUCAUGCCUUGAUGGGUCAGGUUGUUGGACCUACAGAAUUUUAGGCAGGUUGUUUACGAUUUGUGUAACACAACAUACACAAACACACAUACUGUACACAUACAUGUAUGUAAGUAUGUAUGUAUGUAUGUAUGUAUGUAUGUAUGUAUAUUUGAGUGAUUAUGUAUUCAGAUCUUGUAGAAUAUUGUGUAGGUCCCCCUUGUGCCACCAAAACCGCUCUGACCUGUCAAUGAAAAUAACAAUAACUUUUUUGAAAAUAGUUAUUUGUUGUUUGGAACUUUUUUGGGAUUUUUUAUUUCAUUUACAUGAUUGACAAUUUUUAAAAAAGUAUUUGUUGUAAGUUGUGAUGUACAUGAUUGUUAAAAUCAGAUAUCAGUGUCAAAUGUUUAAAAAUGUGUAGAUUUUGGGUAAUGGUAGUUAAUGUUAUUAUUGUCUUUAUUGUUAUUGUCCAGUUUAUUAUAGAGUUAUAUAUUGUAUUGAUCUGACAUCAUCAGUGCCUUACGCUGUCUUUCAUAUAGUUUUAUGUCUUUGGUAACACUAAUGUAAUUAAAGGUACUUUAUUCUCCAAAAGCUUU